UGUCAUCUCUUUCGUUUUUCUUUCCUCCCUUCUUUUUUCUUUCACCUACGUGUGAAGACAUCGCGUAUAUCACGUCGGUGUAAAUUAAAUAUUCAAUUUUAUAAAAAUGGGUUUCGUUAAAGUAGUCAAGAAUAAGCAGUACUUCAAGCGGUACCAAGUCAAAUUCCGCAGGCGUCGUGAGGGUAAAACUGAUUACUAUGCCAGGAAACGUUUGAUCUUCCAAGACAAGAAUAAGUACAACACACCCAAAUACCGUUUGAUUGUACGUCUGUCCAACAAGGAUAUCACCGUACAAAUCGCCUAUGCCAGAAUUGAAGGUGAUCGUGUUGUGUGCGCUGCAUACUCCCAUGAGUUGCCCAAUUAUGGCGUUAAGGUCGGUUUGACCAACUAUGCUGCAGCAUACUGUACUGGUUUGUUGGUUGCUCGUCGCAUUCUCAACAAAUUGGGUCUGGAUACCCUUUAUGGUGGUUGCACUGAGGUGACAGGUGAGGAAUACAAUGUUGAGCCUGUCGAUGAUGGUCCAGGCGCUUUCCGUUGCUACUUGGAUGUUGGUCUUGCACGUACAACCACUGGUGCUCGUGUGUUCGGUGCCAUGAAGGGUGCUGUCGAUGGUGGUUUGAACAUCCCUCACUCUGUGAAGCGUUUCCCCGGCUACAAUGCUGAGGCUAAGAACUUUAACGCUGAUGUACAUCGUGCACACAUUUUCGGUCAACAUGUUGCCGAUUACAUGCGUACUCUUGAAGAGAACGAUGAAGAAAGCUUCAAACGCCAAUUCAGCCGUUACAUCAAAUUGGGAAUCCGUGCUGAUGAUCUUGAAACUAUCUACAAAAAAGCCCACCAAGCUAUUCGCUCUGACCCUACCCACAAGAAGAAGGACCAGAAGAGCGGUGUUGUCAAGAAACGGUGGAAUGCUAAGAAACUCACAAAUGAACAGCGUAAGGUUAAGGUUGCUGAACACAAGGCUGCCUAUAUUGCCAAGCUGAAGUCCGAGUCUGAAGCUUAAAUAAGUUUUAGCGGAUUUGUGGGAAAAAAAAUUGGAAAAAAAUUUUCUCUAAAAUUCUAUUAUUAUUAUGAUAAUAAUAUAGGCUUUUAUUUACAGUAAAAUUUA